CAACCACGUGCCCCCCCAACUCACCUGGCAUUAGCCGAGUGCCAGUCGAGGCGCAUAGCAGAGCCAGAAGAAGCGGUGCUGCUGAUGAUGCUUCUGCUGCUGCUGAUGCUUCUGCUGCUUCUGCUGCUGAUGAUGCUGAUGGUGCUGCUGAUGCUGCUGCUGAUUAUUUUGCUGCUGCUGAUAUUGCUCCAGCUGAUCAUAUUGUACCAGCUGAUGAUGUUGCUGCUGAUGAUAUUGCACCAGCUGAUGAUGUUGCUGCUGAUGAUAUUGCACCAGCUGAUGAUGAUGAUACUGCACCAGCUGAUGAUGUUGCUGAUGAUAUUGCACCAGCUGAUGAUGAUGAUACUGCACCAGCUGAUGAUGAUACUGCACCAGCUGAUGAUGAUGAUACUGCACCAGCUAAUGAUGUUGCUGCUGAUGAUUUUGCUGCUGAUGAUGAUGUUGCUGCUACUGAUUACGAUGUUGUUGCUGCUGAUUAAUGGUUAUGCAUGCCAAUGAUGAUGGUGCUUCUGCUGAUGGUGCUUCUGAUGAUGAUGAUGAUGAUGUUCCUGCUAAUAAUGGUGAUUCUAAUGAUGAUGAUGCUGAUGAUUAUUUUGCUGCUGAUGAUGAUUAUGCUGCUGAUGAUUAUUUUGCUGCUGCUGAUGAUUUUGCUGCUGAUGAUUAUUUUGCUGCUGAUGAUUAUUUUGCUCCUGAUGAUGAUGGUGCUGCUGCUGAUUAACUUGCUGCAUCUGCUGCUGAUGAAAUUGCACCAGCUGAUGAUGUUGCUGCUGAUUAAAUUGCUGCAUCUGCUGCUGAUGAAAUUGCACCAGCUGAUGAUGUUGCUGCUGCUGCUGAUUUUGCUGCUGAUGAUUAUUAUGUUGCUGAUUAUUAUGAUGGUUCUGCAUGCUGCUGAUGCUGCUGCUGAUGAAGAAUUCCUCACUCAAGAGCGCGCCACGUGAUUGGUCCACGUGGCACCCAGCAACCUCCAACCAUCGCCUCCUCUGAUUGGACGGUGCCCCCGAGCAUCGUGCGCUCCUAUUGGCUCAGCCGCGCAGGAAACGUCAUAGCCGAUUCGAUUCCUAAUUAUAGCUCGAUACGAUUCAGCCGCUGUUCAACAGAGGGCGGUGGGAAUCGAUGAUCGAUUCUAUGAAUCGUUUGUUGUUGGCUUCUCAGAAUGGAGAGAAUCGAUUGAAUCGAAUCGAAACUGCGGAAUCGCGUUUGGAUCGCCCCUCGCGAGCUACAAACUGAGCGCCGACGCCGGCCACGAGGGUUGCGAUGGAUCUCCUGCGAGGCAGCACCAGGAGCCGCUGCUGCUGCCAUCUGCUGCUGCUGCUGCUGCUGGGACACUGCACCUUGGCACAGCUGUGGGCAGUCGCCAGCCCCUCGUGGUGGUCGCUGGCGCUGUGGGCCCCAAACUUCGACCCCUCCGAGCACCGGCUGCUGUGCGUCGUGGCGCCGGGGCUGUCCCCCCGGCAGCGCAACAUUUGCCUGCAGCGCCCGAACCACGUGGCGCACGUGGCCGAGGGCGCCCGGCUGGCGCUGGCCGAGUGUCGGCACCAGUUCCGGGCCAAGCGCUGGAACUGCUCCACGCCGGACUCCGCGUCUCCUCAGCAGGGUGGGGGUGGGGGCCCAGGCACGCGCGAGGCGGCCUUCGUCUGGGCCGUGACGGCCGCGGGGCUGGUGCACGCGGUGGCGCGCGCCUGCCGCCACGGGGCGCUGCCGGGCAGCUGCUCCUGGGUGGUGCCCGGCUCCACGCAGCAGCAGCAGCUGCCGCGACACGGAGCCCGGCGGGGCGGCGCCGCCGACGACGUCGAGUACGGAUACCGCUUCGCCAAGUGGUUCGUGGACACGCGGAGACAACCACGGGGAGGGGGGGGAGGGGGGGAGUCUGUUGCGAAGCUCGGACAGAUGAACCAGCACAACACGGAGGCCGGCCGGCUGGCGGUGUACAAUCUGGCGCACGUGGCCUGCAGGUGCCAUGGUCUACACGGCACCUGCACGCUCAAGACCUGCUGGCAGCAGCUCGCAGACUUCCGCCAAGUCGGCGACCUGCUGAAGGAAAAGUACGAGAGAAGUUCCGCCAUGCGGCUGGUCAGCCACGACAGCAGCAGCGGUGGUCCCGGUGGCGGCGGUCGCGGUGAAGCCGGCGGCAGCGGCGGCGACGCCCGCCGGUCCCGCCGGCGGCUGGAGCCGGUGAACGAGUGGCUGGUGGCGCCGACGCCGAGCGACCUGGUGCACGUGAGCGCCAGCCCCGACUACUGCGAGGGGGGCGGCACGGCGGGGGGGGGUCCGUGCAACGUCACCUCGCGGGGGGGGCGGGGGGGGGGCUGCUCCCUCACGUGCUGCGACAGAGGAUACGACACCUCGCAAGUCACGGUGGAGACGCAGUGCGGCUGCAAGGAGCAGCUCCAGCGGAACGUCCAGUGCAAGCUGUGCCCGUGGACGGUCGACCAGUUCUACUGCAAGUAGCCUGCAGCAAGUAGCCUGCAGCAAGUAGCCUGCAGCAAGUAGCCUGCAGCAAGUAGCCUGCAGCAAGUAGCCUGUGGCCUCGGCUGGAAUCGGACUCCGUCUGGUUUCGGCCGGUACCCGUGGGCCCCACCGGCACCACGGCACCCACCGCACGUCGUCACCGCGAGCCGCUCUGCACCGUGCCGAUGUACACCGGAGUACCGCACACUUUACACUACAGCACCCUUGUGUGUACACUGCAGUGUACACACUUUACACUACAGCACCCUUGUGUGUACACUGCAGUGUACACAC